AUGCCUCCAUAUGAAAAGACUGCCAUGGUCGAUGAUCUCACAGUUGAUGACAAGUUGAAAGAUGAGGAAGAAAUCUCACAAAGUAAGCCAUCAAUGAAAGAUCUGAAUGCUCUGGUGAAAGAUGUAGUUUCACGUAGCUCCUGGUGGGAUCUUUAUGGUAUUGACCUAGCGAUCAUGUGUAUCAACUUUGCACUGCUGCCAAUCAGCUUACUACUUUUGGGAUCUGCCAAUGUUCCUGUGUUUGUUGGUGGUUAUCUUCUGUUUGCCUACAUUAAUGCCACCUUUACUGUGAAGUUGGCUCACGCAGUUAUUCACAAUGCACUCGCUGGCUCAUCACAUUUCUGGAAUGGCCUUCUGUCCAUAUUUUUAAUCGAGAUCUGGGGAGGUUUUACGGUAGAAGGCUCUUAUGAAGCUCACAUCCAGCUUCAUCAUCCUUACACUAAUGUAAUAGGCCUAGGUGACUCAAGUUCAUGGCGAGUACCUUCCUUGGGCUGCAAUACAUACCUAUUUAUUGCACCUCUUUUCCUACACUUGCUUUACCCUCUAGUUGGCCUCAAAUUGCUUGCUGGGCGUUGGUGGUCCAAAGCCCGAUACCUGUGUCUAACAUUUGUGGGCUACAUGAUGCAUUUCUGUUUGCUGCACUACAUUGCUGGUCUGUCCAUACCAGGUGCUAUCUUGUGCUACUUUACUAUGCGUUCAGUAUUUUCCAUUCCUUACAUCCAUGUUAAUAUAUUCCAGCACAUUGGCUUACCAAUGUAUGAUGUUAAAAAGCGUCCAAAGCGACUGUACCAGAUGGCUUCAUCGGCCCUUAAUCUUCCUCGAAAUCUUCUCCUUGAUUUCUCCUUUGGCCACUCAAUAAUCAGCUGUCAUGUGGAGCAUCAUUUAUUUCCACGUCUGUCCGAUAACAUGUGCCUAAAGAUCAAACCUGUGGUAUCCAGCUACCUUAAGAGCAAUGGCCUUCCAUACCAUGAGGCUCCCUAUCUCAGUCUACUGUGGAAAUUUUGCAACAAUUAUGAUGAACUUAUGGUCAAAGCACCACCAAUCACAGAGUUGAUUGGUAUACAGUAAAGAGAUAGCCGGCGUUGCAGACUUAAAUCAACUUUGGUUAGUAACAUCUGCCAAGCAGUGCCAAGAUCCUGGUCCCUGUGGCCCCCAUUGGGCUUAGGAAGUAAUCCUGAUUGGCAAAUUGGUAAUGGCUCUUUUAACAGGCCAAUAAUGGCUCGUACUCAAAUUCUGGUAGACAGCUGGGGGUCCAGAACAUUAGGAUUUCAGCACUGUUUUGCAGAUGGACUUAACCAGAGUUUAGUUUUGUCUGUUGGAGCCCUUUUCACCUUUGCAGCUGUGAAGAGCAUUAGCUAAAAAGUUGCUUGUAACAAUGCAUUGACUGUGUAAAUGGUGUUUUGGGAAAAAAUACAUUCAACUCCCGACAAUUCGAAUCUUCAAGGGAAGUGGAAAAAAGUUCGAGUUUUCGGGAGUUUGAGUUAUCGAGGGUAAAAUAAUAUAGAAAAUGAUCUAAAGGGAAAUGAAAAUUGCUUUGAGUUAGUGGGAGGUUCGAGUUACCGGGAGUCAACUGUACUUCUCUUAGCUAGGAUUUAGGGGUAGAGUUCUUUGUUUUACUUGAGAAAUGUCACUAAGUCUAGUUUAAUACACAAUUGCAAGUUUUUUGAAUGGCUUUAAAGUCUCUGAUAAAGAUCAACUCAUUCUUGCACUAGUAUUUAAAUCUGGGGUUGUUUUGGUCUAAAAAAGUAGAAGUAAAGUUAAGCUGUGUCUUUAUCAGAUAUAAAGACACUCAUAAAACAUUAAUUUCUUUUGCUCUUUAUGAAUGAUUAUUGCAUUUUUGAGGUAUUUACGUGUGUUUCACCAGCUAUUAAGCAUCUGAAAAAAUUGUCAUUCUUUAAAAGCUUUUACAAAAAUAAUUAUCAUUGUAGUGAACUUUAUUGUAUUUUUGUUCUUGUGUCUUCCAAUUUCAUAAUAUUUAAUAAAAUUAUUUAACUUCUAAAUGAAUGCCACAUUUUUUUUGGAUCUGGAUUAAUAAUAUUCCUGAUAUGGACCGGUGUAGUUUUAAAAUAAUAUAUUACAUGUAUCAUCUGUACACUGAAACUAAAUCAGUUUAAAUUAAUUAUUGUUUAUUUGACAGGAAAAUAUUGUUUACAAGACAUAUGUAACUAAUAGUUACUAAAAGUUUUUCAAGGAAGAAGGGCAGUGUUUGUGGCCCAACAGUAGUGGCAAUAUGUAGUUAUUAAAUGAUGCAGUUUGUUGGGCACUUGUAAGCUAGAUUUGUGUCUUUACUGUAACAGAGGGACUAAGAUAACCCUCACGUCAGAUACUGAUAUCUAUGUUCAAACAGCAUUUUACUAUACCUGGCACCAUUUUACUCUACUCUACCGUGGCAGGAGAGCAUUUGAGAUUAUUAUUACUAACAUCUUAACUUCAGGUAUUUUAGUUUUAACACAGCUUUGCUGCUCACUCAGAACUCUUCUUCGUCAUUUAACUUUUGUUAGCCACAGGCCACAUUUAUACUUGUGAAUAAGGGGUUUAAUAAAUUAGUUCUUUCAUAACAUGCAUUUGUAUUGCUUCAAACCAUUGAUCCUUAGCCAUGAAUUAUUGAUCCAAGCACUGCCACAGAAUUUAUGAAUAAAAACCAGAGGGGUCUGCAAGUUCACUUGGUGUCAAAUUUUCAGCAUUUACAUUGCAAAAUACUUUUCUGUUAUUGCUCUUUUACCAAGAUUAGACAACUUUCUUCCAAGUGUACUUGUUUGAGUAGCUGCUUUGUAAACUUUAUCUUUUGGAAGGAGGGCACCCUUCUAUAAAAAUCAUUGACAGGGUGCUUGCUAGAAUAAGAAAAUCUAAGAACACCUUUUGAAGGUACCAGAAUCUUCCUUAAGGGAUCACUGACAUAUCUUUUGCACAUUGUAACAAAAAAUCAUUUUCAGUUCUGGUAAUAUUCUGGCCAAGGAGCCACCCAGCUAUUGCCCCCCAACAGAGAAUUUUCGGUGCAUUAAAAUCAGUCCACUGUGUGUACAUAUCCUGAUUAAUUUUUAGAGGGUAUUGGAAGGAAGACAUUUUAUUUCAAGUCUUGAAAUGGCUGUAACAAUGUGACAGCCAUUUCAAGACUAUGCCAUGUCAUGGCAUAAUGGCAUGAAAUUCAGGACUAUGUAUAAUUAUUAGUGUCUUUACCAUGAUACCAAAAAAUGCUCCUCCAUAGUAAAGAUGAAGAUAUCAGACAAAAAUUAUUGAUCAGGGAGCGCUAACCACAAAAAUGUUUUUUCUAUUUUUGCAGGAAUAGCAUUAAAACUUGAAAAUAUUGAGUCUCCAUCCAUGUUCAUUGUUGCCACUGGUAACAGUGACAGGAAACAGUUUCAAUGCCUAUGAAUAAAAGUCUAAAACAACGAAACUGGACCAAUAUUAUUUUGUAGAAUUCAGUUGAAGCAAAAACAAAACAUUCUAGCUUCUUAAAAAGAUGGUGCAUAGCUUGACAUAUCCCCCUUAAAAGGACUAAAAGUCAGUUUAAUGACUGAUGGCUGUUUUUAGACUUGAUUCCCAAAAGGCCCUACGAGGGUCUACAAGGUACUGAAACAUUUCUAAUGGUGGUUAUUGUAAGACCACAAAUUUUCUCACCUUAAGGGUACAAUUAGCCUGUGUACAGAUGCCCAUUCCCCUAGAGGGGAUGGGACAUCUGUUCACAGGCUAAGGGUACAAUGAGUACCUCCAUCGAUUUUCUGGGGAAGUAAAUAAUUUUUUUCAGUAUAGAAUUCUAUCGAUUUGAGAAAAGAAAUUUUUUUGCACGGUCCUUCAAUUAUCUGUAUCUCACUGGUUAGUGUGAAUUUUACUGAAAUGUCAACAGAAUACAACACAAUGGUCAGACGCGUUUUUAGGCCAAAUUAUUCAAUGAUCAUUGUACACAUGGUAUGCUAACUUUUGUUUGUUUUGCAUACAUCGUACAUUCUACAUGUUAUCGUGCCUUUUUGUGCCAAAACUUACUUAUUUGAUGAAGGACUGGGAAAAUUUUUCCCACACAACUAGAAAAUCUACUUACCCUCAAUAUUCCGUAGAGCUUAAAUCUCCAAGUGCAAUGAAGUCAAAGAAAAUGUUAAGAAUUGCUAGUAGAAUAGACCUUUUCACUGUUUUUUUCAACUUUUGACAUGGACAAGUUGGGGAAAAUCUGUCGACACCAAUUAAAAGAGCGCCUAAAGAUUAGUAAGAUAAUUAUUGCUUAUUUUGAAAGUGUUUUGUUGAAAACUAAUGAAGAUAUAUAUAGCUCCUCAAAGUUGCAGAAUUUUAGAGACAUUUGUAAAGUAUGGGGCACAAACUUGCCCCUCCCCCACCCCCCACCAUACAAACGUCUGCAAAUUUUCGCAACUUUGCGGAGCUAUGACUUCACUCCCUAAGAUUUAUCACUUUCAAAUUUGGCAGUUUUUCAAAUAUUUAGGCACUAUUUCCAGUGUUGUUUGCCCAUGUCAAAAGUUGAAAAAAAAAAUGAGAAAGUCUUUGGAGAGAUUUGUGUGAUGCUUGGUAACCGCCCUAAGAUUUCCUUGCCUGAGUGUCACUAUGGCUUCGAAAACCGUGACAAGGUCUAAAGGCCUUUUUUCAAAAAUACCAUAAUACUCUUCGUUGUCCCUCCAAAAUUUUGCAUAAGCAUUGUUUUCAAUUUCUCUUGGGACUAAGGCCUAUUGUAGCUCAUAGUAGCUCAUUCCUUGUUUUAGUAACUACGGAGAAAUCAGUCGCCAACUCGUAUAAAGAGCGCGAGAUAGGUCGUGAAAUCGUGAAACACACGACUAAGUCUUAGCAAGUCUGCAACACUACAGUGACUCCUACAAUAGGUUAUUCUUUUCUACAAACGUUAAAAGCGAAUGAAAUUAACAUUUACCUAUGACUGUGAGGUGCAGAUGUCCAACUAAAUAAAACGGUCUUCCGCGUGUGUUCUCCUACGACGAGACAAGGCAUGCAUCGCGUGUCGACUUUCAUGCAGUCUUUACGCUGUGUAGAAUCACACGAAACGUCUCAUUCCCAGUUUCCCCCUCUUCAAUUCGCUCCAUUCGAUUAGGUGUUUUCUUCAAUGUACUGUUGAGGUGAGCUUUGAAGCAGAUUGUCUUCAUUUGUAACGUUACAAUCGUUAGCUUGGAACUAGUUAAUUAGAAGCCUGUUGCUGGCUCCAAGAUAGUAAUGUGCAGUCGAGUGCAAUGAAAAGUUGGCUCGCUUUAUUUUCGCGACGUCACAGCUACUAUCUGAGUCAUCUGAGAGCCUGGCAAAGGCUAUUAUACCGUACAAUAUAUGUCAGGUCCCGAGGAAAGGGUUUGUCUAAAGCCUGGAAUCCGGAAUCCGGAAAAAACCAACGCCGAACGGCGAAUGACUCUUAAGUUUAGUGAUCAGGGUUAGGAAACGGAGUGAAUCAAGUUUCAGGUCAGUUUGCCCAGUAAGAUGACCUUAACUCAAGAUUCUCUCUUGCCCUAAAUGGAACCUGAUUCACUCAGUUUCCUAACCUUAAUCACUAAACUUCAGAGUCAUUCGGCAUUCAGCGUGGGUCUUUUACAGAUUCCAGAUUCCGGGUUUUAGGCAAACCCCCAAGAAAAACAGCCACUUUUGUUUUCCCAAGAGUUCUGACUUUGCUUCAGUCUCCUCUUUCCAUCUGGAACAGGUUCAAAGGCUUGAAGACUCAGUGUCCAGAACAACCCAAUAAUAAUACCUACCCACCCAACUCCCCUGCCCCACGUCUAUAGGAGAACCCCACUCUUGACACUGGAGCACUCUGACAACUUGGCCAUUCUGCUUCAAUUUAAACUUUGAUUGUACACUCAGGCUCAGAUGAUACAGUGCACGUACCAAAGGCAAAAGCAACAUCAAAUCUCCUUCAAAGCAGUGGAAUAAAGUAAUUUUCAUUUCUGUUACAGCUCCUGAAUUCCCAACAUCAUUGUCAUUUUUAAUCUGCCCUUAUAACUAAUUAUGAAUUUUCUUUUACUAAUUUGCAGUAUUUAAGUUUGUCUUAUGGUGGGGCCCUGUCACUAAAUCCUUUUAAGAUGCCUCCAUAUGGAAAGACUUAUUCAGUCGAUGAUCUGAUAGAAAAUGACAAGAGAGAUGAAAAAGGAAAUCUCAAUUUCACCAAACAAGCCAUCAAUGAAGCAGUUGAAUACUCUGGUGAAAGAUGUAGUUUCACGCAGUUCCUGGUGGGAUCUUUAUGGUAUUGA